AUGGCUUCUUCGUCGUCAUCUCACCAGCAAAAUCCGGAAUUAAAAGCUUUCUCUGGAAUAAAACCUGCCGGCAUAAGAAGGAAGAUUUCUGAAUCUUCAAGACUGUUCGACGUGUUCAUCAACCAUAGAGGCCCUGAUGUCAAACAAACUUUGGCUACUCAACUUUACAACUCCCUUGAGCAGCUGGGAAUACGGACGUUCCUUGAUUCCAAAGAGAAAGAACUAGGAAAUUCGUUUCCUUCUACUAUUGAGACAGCCAUCCGCUCUGCAAAGGUACACAUAGCUAUUUUUUCCAAAGGAUAUGCAGAGUCACCUUGGUGUUUGGAUGAGCUGCUUCUCAUGUUAGAAACUAAGGCCAAAAUUAUCCCUAUAUUUUAUCAAGUGAUGCCUUCUGAUCUCCGCCACAUAGAAAGUGGAGUAUAUGCUGGUGCAUUCAUUAAAUAUGAAAAAAAGGGCAGAUAUGUUGAGAAGCUUGGUGAGUGGAAGGAAGCUCUUCAGUCUCUUUCAUUUAUAGCUGGAGAAGAAUUUCAAAGUGACUGCAAAAACAUAGUUGCAACAGUGCAAAAGGAAUUAGAAAGGAAAAGAUAUUUACACGUCGCCACACAUCCAGUGGGGCUUAAUAAUCUUGUGAAAGAUUUUGAGAUGCGAUGCCUUGAAGAACUUGCACAAGAUUUUGAAAACCAAUGCGGGUUGAAAGAAGGGAAGCAUAGCGCCAAGGUAGUUGGCAUUUUCGGCAUGGGUGGAUCGGGGAAAACAACUCUCUCUAAAGAGUUGUUUAAUCGAAAGAUUUUGAGUUACUCUAGAGCAAGUUUUUUGUUUGAUGUGCGAGAAGCAUCUGUGAGAAACCAGUUACAUUCUUUGCAACUUAAGCUUCUGAAAGAUCUCUUUCAGAAUCAUGAUCUCAGAUUUACGAGUCCAGAGGAAGGAACAAGCUAUCUCAAAGAUAGUUUUCAAAGGAGCCCUCAUUUAAGCUUCCUAAUUGUUGUAGAUGAUAUCGACUAUGUGGAACAGUUAAAUGCUCUAGCGGUCAUGGAUAUCCUAAAUAAUAUUGGUGAUAGUCUUGUUAUUGUCACAACCCGUGACGUUGGGGUGCUUAUAACUGCAGGGAUUACCGUCGGUUAUAAUUUAAGAGGAAUGGAUAGAAAUUAUGGUAGAGAACUCUUUUGCUGGCAUGCCUUUGGCCAACCCCAUCCAUCUAGCGGGUAUGAGAAGCUGGUUGACUCCUUUGUUGAUGUUUGUGGAGGGUUGCCUCUGUCCCUUCAGGUACUGGGCAGGCAUGUUCAUGGUAGAAAUAAGGAUUAUUGGAAUUUGGAAUUAGUUAAAGUUAGAAAAACUCUUCCUCGAGAUAUAAAGAACAGACUGAGAAUAAGUUUCCAUGCAUUGGAUGAUGAAGAAAAACAGGUUUUUAUGGAUAUUGCUUGCUUUUUUAUAGGCGAAGCUAAGAGUAUAGCUGAAAGGUUAUUGAAGGGAUCAGGAUGGAACGCUCAGCAUGCACUAGCAACACUAAAAAAUAAGUGCCUUGUAGAAGAAUUCAAACUUAGGAGUCGGAAAGGAGAAGUGACGAUUGGAUUGAGAAUGCAUGACCACCUGAGGGACUUGGGAAGAGAAAUGGCACUUGAGCUCAGCCCUCCUCAUCGCCUGUGGCGUCCUCAAGAUCUGAAAGUUUUGGAAUCAAUGGGUUUCAAAUUAAUACUCGCCAAAACCAACAUCAGGUGUUACCAUUCCAUUUUCGACAAGUCUUUGGGUUCUCAAGUUACGUUCUUUGUAGGCCAACCACGUACUUGGCUUGAGACAUCAGCUUCCUUACUAUGGCUCCAGCUAGAGGGCAAUUCCGGAGAACAACCAUGCAUCCCUUCUUGGAUUCCUCUUCAAAAUUUGCAGCGUUUGACAAUCAAAGGCGGGCAACUCAAGACGUUGUGGGAGAAUCCCGUACAGGCACCCUCUCAGUUGAAGGAGCUGCAAAUUUGUGAAACCUCUUUGAUAGAGUUUCCAGAUUUAUUGGGAGUAUCAAAAGAUAGUUUAGAAAAUAGAGGAAAGUCCAGUAGUGUCAAGACCCCGAAGACUGGCCUUGAGAAACUAGAGAUCGGUGGUGAAAAAUUUGUAUCUAAGAUAUUAAUCAGUGGAAUCCACUAUCACAGCCUUAAGUCAAUCAAACUUCAUGGAAUGGAAAAUCUUAAGGAAUUGAAUUUAAUAAGGGUAAAAACAUUAAAUUGUCUUGAUAUUAAAAAUUGUGCAAAACUCAAAAGAUUGAUAGGAACAUCCGAUCUUACAAAUCUUGUGCUAUUAAACAUUAAUCAAUGUCCAGACCUUGAGUUUGAGGACUUGCGUCUCAUGGGUAUGAAGUGUCUGGAGGGGAUAACAUUUGAUAGAAAUGUAAAGCUAAAAUAUUUUGAGUUGGGGGAUUGUCAAAAUUUGAAAUCAAUAGAUUUUGGUUGUGAAGAGCUUGUAGAAUUAACCAUUCGGGGUUGUCCAGAGCUUGUGGAGUUGCCAGCUUUUUUAGGUCCUCGUUCCCUCGAGAGGAUUAUAUUUGAUGGAUGUGGGAAACUUGAAUGUCUUGAAUUGAAUGGAUGUCAAAUGUUGAGAAGUGUCUCAGGUAACUUCGACCUUAAAGCAUUGUACAUUUAUGAUUGUCCUGAGCUUGAGGUGUUUCCAAGUCUUGCAAGACCGAGCUGCUUGCGGCAAAUUGUGAUCGACUCUUGUGAGAAGCUGCAGAACAUAUCGGGGAUUGACGACUUGCGCGGAUUAAGAUUGAUGAGACUUAUUUAUUGGAACAAUGCGGUAAUACGAGAUCGCAUUCAUAAGUUGAAGAGUGUGCCAUCAGUGGGAAUGGAUAUGAUAGGAAGAGCAGUGGAUGGAGCGGAGUCAAGUUUCAAUGAAUAUCUGUUUUCUGACGUUCAUAUUGACCUCAAUGCGAUCAUUGAAAUUGGCAGCCACGAAACUUUUCUCAAGUGGUCAGAAUUGAGUGCGGUUAUCGGAUGCUUUCUGGUUGUGAUUGAUACCUCUAUUUCAGAAGAGGGUAUAAAUAAAUUACUUCCACUCUAUGGCCCUAAGGCGCGUCAAGGAGAAUGGAUAAUUACAAUGGUGGCAUGUGAUAUUUCGAGAUACUAUUAUCUUCGGGCUAUUGAAGGAAAAUAUUUGUGGGAGAUUGUUAAAUCAGGGUAUGAGGAACUAGAUGAUUGGAAUGCCCUUACUACCAAUGAAAGAACAACAAAGAAGGAGGCGAGGAAGAACAAUGCUCAAGAUUUGUUUCACAUUCAAAUAGCUCAUGAUAAGAGAUUAUUUCCAAGAAUCUUAGGAGUAACAAUUGCCAAAGAUGCCUGGAAGACUCUACAAGAAGCUUACCAAGGUAGUGCUCAAGUUAAGGUUGUCAAGGUAUAG